GUCAAUUUGGACCUAACCUGUACCCUCCCCCAGCAGAAAAAGUACCUUGAGCUUCUACUACAUGGAACACAGAUGCUGUUUCCAAGUGCUUUGAGAUUAAACAACACAACAGCUAGCCUCCUCAUCAACUGUGCUGGGGGUGUCAUACUCCUCAAAAUGAAAAGAUGUAGCGAGGACAGUGACACUAAAGUGGACGAGGAAAUGUUUGAUUUGACCUUUGAGAUUUAUAAGGCAGUAAGCUUAGUAAUGAACACAGAACUAAAUGAGGCCUUCAUCGUGAAGCACCCAACAGGCAGCAUCUACCAGAUCAGCCUCACCCAAUCACAAAUGCAUAACAAGGUUCUCGGGUCAGACGACGAUGCAUACAUCAAGCUUCCAUCUUUCUCAGCAUUACAGUCCUCUCUGGGAAACCACUCAGUUGUUAAUGUACAGGUGUGUACGGUAAACAACAUUGAUGUUGUUUCGUUGUGCAAAUAGUAUUUUAUUCAGAUGAUCUUUUAUUCCU